UUUACUCCAGAAGUUAAGUACACUUUUCCUGUGUAGCGUGAGAGCGCCGACCUGUCGCUGACCUCACUGCAGAAGGAGCUGGAGAGGUUAUGUCACAACUACACAGCUGAAGAAGAAUCUACCAGGUGUAAUAAUGCAGGACUGCACAAAGGCAGUAAAGGAGUUUGUGGAAGAACACUAUACAGCGGUCACAGUUGUCCUGGUGACAAGUGUCGGGCUCUUCGCCCUGCGGAGAUGGCUGGCUGGAGGAGUCUGUCGCAGCAAAGCCCGCUUGGACGGCAAAACCGUUCUGAUAACGGGAGCCAACACUGGUAUCGGUAAAGAGACAGCGGUGGACAUGGCCAAGAGAGGUGCAAGGGUGAUCCUGGCUUGCCGAGACAUGGGCAGAGCCAACAAAGCAGCAGAUGAGGUCAGGAAGAGGAGUGGAAAUGGCAACGUGGUUGUGAAGAUGCUGGAUCUGGCCUCUUUGGAGUCUGUCCGAGCUCUGGCCAAAGAUGUACAUCAGACUGAGGAGAGACUGGAUAUUCUCAUUAACAAUGCUGGGAUAAUGAUGUGCCCACAGUGGAAGACAGAAGAUGGCUUUGAGAUGCAGUUUGGUGUGAACCACCUGGGUCAUUUCCUGCUCACCAACUUACUCCUGGAUUUGUUGAAGAAAUCAACACCCAGCCGUAUUGUCAAUGUUUCCAGCCUGGCCCAUGAGACAGGCAAGAUUCAUUUUGAUGAUAUAAACCUGGAGAAAAACUACGAUACAUUUUUAAGCUAUCGACAGAGCAAGCUGGCCAAUGUCCUGUUCACCCGGGAACUAGCUGUCAGACUAAAAGGCACAGGAGUGACAACUUACGCUCUUCAUCCUGGGGUGAUCCGUACUGAGCUAGGACGACACAUUUUCCCUUCUCUGCCUCUGUGGAAAAGGAUUUUGUUCAUGCCAUUUUUUUUGCUUUUCAAAACACCAUGGCAGGGUGCGCAGACCACCAUCUACUGCGCAGUAGAUGAGAGUCUGAAGAAUGCCAGCGGCCUUUACUACAGUGAUUGUGCACUCAAAGAGGCAGCUCCUCAGGGUAGAGAUGAUGCUGCAGCUCGCAGACUGUGGGAUCUCAGUGUUUCCAUGUUGGGCCUGGCUUGAGACAACACUUUGUGCACUGAAAAUCACUAUCUUCAUUUAAAAAGCAGUUUGUCACAUUUUCCUGUGUGGAGUGUACAUUCCAUAUUUGCAGACUAUUAAAUCUGCUUACUUUAUAUAAAGUACAGAGAAUUAGUUU